AGCCACUUAACUCUCUCUCUCCUCGUCUUCCUCCUUAUAACCUCACCAUGGAGAAUAAUUUUACAUCAUUUUUCCCAAUUUCAUCUUCUGAAGCAGCAGCCAUGUCUCUGAACAUGGGGAGUUCUCAAGGUUUUACAGAUUAUUUUCAAGCUAAGGAGGAAAAUGGGUUCUUGGGUUUGAUCCAUCAGAUGGAAGAUCAUCAUCCUGCGGUGGCUGGUUCAUAUGGUAACAGUAGCAACAGUAAUGGAAACCUGUCUUCAUCUCAGAACAAAAUCUCUGAAAAUGAAGAAGAGAAAUUAUUAUUAGGGAUGAAGAAGAAGGAUACAGCGAAGAAGAUAAGAAAGCCUAGAUAUGCCUUUCAAACAAGAAGCCAAGUUGAUAUUCUUGAUGAUGGCUAUCGAUGGAGAAAAUAUGGCCAAAAAGCUGUCAAGAACAAUAAAUUUCCAAGAAGCUAUUACCGGUGCACUCAUCAAGGAUGCAAUGUGAAAAAGCAAGUUCAAAGAUUGACAAGAGAUGAAGGAAUUGUUGUCACUACUUACGAAGGAAUGCAUUCCCAUCCAAUUGAAAAGUCUAAUGAUAACUUUGAGCAUAUCUUGACCCAAAUGCAAAUCUACACUACGUCGUUUUAAUUCCUCAUUAACAUUCAAUUUUAAUUUUCUUGUACAUUUUUCUUUUUAUCUACUCCUGCACUUCCAAUAUAAGCCUCAAAAUAAAUGUUGCAAUACAAUUUUUCCCC